CCGCCCCUGCCCUGGCUAUGCUGUUCUGCCCCCUGAAUCUCCCUCAGCCCUUGUUUGUACCUUCGGGUCUGAGCUAGUCCCGGGCUCCGCUCUCGCUCUGCCCCCUCCCCGAUCUCUUGGCUCCGCCCAAGGGCCUGGUUGCCAACCAAUCCUCCGGCCCCGAGUACGCCAUCCGGCAGCCCCGCAUAGUCCAGGCCGCGUUGCUUGAGCUUUGCGCGCCGUGGGUGUCGCUGGUUCCUGCCCUUCCACCGCCGCUAUGUUGCAGAUGAACGACUCGGUGGAGCCGGACGCGGCUGUGCUCCCGACGGUGGGCGUCGCAGCUCCGGGCUUCCCGGCGGAAGCCACUGCCGGAACCGAGCCAGUGCCCCGUGAGGCGGCAGCGGCAGCGGCGGCGGAAAACCGGGUUCCCGCGGCCUACGGCGUCGAGACCCUGACUCCGUUCAGUGUGAAGGAUCCCACUCUGCAGGCCAGGAUCAAGGAUUAUUUCGUGUUCAGGCCAGGGACGAUUGAAAAGGCUGUUUCAGAUAUUCGAUCUAUUGCCGUGCCAAUAGAAGAUGGAGGUGUGCAGAGUGUGUGGCUGCUGACAGAGAUCGACCACUGGAACAAUGAGAAGGAACGCCUGGUGCUCAUAACUGAGCGAUCACUGCUCCUGUGUAAAUAUGACUUCAUCAACCUCAGUUGCCGACAAGUUAUACGAAUUUCACUGAAUGCAGUGGAUACUAUUUCCAUUGGAGAGUUUGUUUUUCCUCCAAAGUCUUUGAACAAGAGAGAGGGACAUGGGAUUCGGGUUCAGUGGGACAAACGGGAGACGCCAUCCUUUAUUAAUCGCUGGAAUCCAUGGUCCACUGACGUGCCAUAUGCCACUUUCACUGAACAUCCCAUGGCAAAUGCAGAUGAGAAGAUUGCAUCUCUCUGCCAGCUGGGGAACUUUAAGACCCAAUUAAUCCAAGCAGUGAAGAAGGCUCACAAAGAGGCGCCACUGCCAGGCCGGGCCAGUGGAGUUCUGAUCUUGGAGCGGCCUCUUCUCAUUCAGACCUAUGUAGGGUUAAUGUCGUUCAUCAAUAAUGAAGCUAAAUUGGGCUAUUCUAUGUCAAGGGGAACAAUUGGAUUUUAAAGGACUUGAGGUAUUCCAUAUUGCCUCUUCUGCACUCUUUUCAAUUUGCAUUAUUCCAAGUUAGGAAAUGGACACCUUUGGGUGCAUGUCAGGAGUUGGAUAAACUGGGUGAGAUCGCUCUUUCCUGAGAGCACAGGCAAUUGUAGCAUGUGGUGCAAUGUUAUUUUUAAGAACAGUGCUUCUGUAAUAUUGCAAAUCAUACUAAGUGCAGCAUUGCAAUUGAAAAAUGAUUAGCACAGUGUCGUGCUUGUGUUGCAGAUUUUUACUGAUGGACUUGCUUUCUAUGCUUGUUUUUGCAACCUACAGAAACUGGUCAUAUUUUAAUUACUUUAUCAUAAUAAUGUGUUUUAGUCAGAGGUGAAAUUGAGGGGGCCAGUUAUUACAGUUUGCUUUCACCUCUUGAUUCUGGUUCAAGUAUAGCACAAACAAAAGCAGAUAGAGAAAAGCUGCAUGUUUGGGUUUGAAAUCAACCCAGAUGUUGUCUUUGAUGGUCAUCCUGAAGAAAGGGUGGUCUGACACAGUCACUAAGUGACUGAUGUACAAACUAAUGUCACGUAGUCAUCUAGUUAAAUUAUGGACAAGAACCAGAUUUCUGGAUAAUUGAUCCAAAGAUGGGUUUGAAUCUUGUUACUGUUGGGAAAACUUUCUAGUAAUUAAAUCUUGAAUUUAAAAUGUAAAACUAUUGUUGUAAAACCCCAUUUGGUUCAUUAAAAUCCUUCGAGAAAGGGGAUUCAUUAUCCUUGUGUGGUAUGACCUGUUUUCUCACUAUUGACUCUUAAUUGGCUAUUUUAAAAUUCAGGAGCAAUUGGAUUUAGAUAACAAAUGCAGUAGUGCCGACAUCAGUCACUAAUUUGUUUAUUUUCAAAGAAAGCUAAUACUGCAUAUAAUAGCUGAAGUUGUAUUACUACAAUUUAUCCAUACUGACCUGAUGGCCAGAGACCAUGGAACAGAAGCAAUUCUGUAGUCUGGUAUAGGAAGGUUCAGAAAUACAAAUAAUUUUCAUUUCAGCAAGAAAAGUGUAUAAGUUGCAUUAUACUAUAAUAAGAAAAAAAAGUUGAGCAAACAUUACCAGUCAAAAAUCAACAACCUUGCAAAGGUGCAAGAUUAACCAUUCACUUUUACCAGCAUUUGUAAUUUCAUUUUGAGACUAGUUAUUUAUAGAAAAGUUACUGUCUUCCAUAAGUAAUGAAGAAAUGCAUUCAGUAUAUUUGUCCAAUGUCCAAAUAAAAUGGCAUUAUCAACAAUGGGAAUAUGAAAUACUAGAUUUGCAGGAUUUUGGCUGAAGGAAAAUCAGAACCCAUGAACAGCUGAAACUACUAUAGUGGUAGGGUGCCAUGUUGGUGAGGUGGAUAACAUAAGAAAUGGGGGCAGGAUAAGCCUUGUGGCCCCUUGAGCCUGCUCCACCAUUCGAUAAGAUCAGGGCCGAGAUCUAGCCUUAGACUCAUCUCCACCUAUCUGCCUUUUCCCCAUAACCUUUAAUUCCCCUACUAUGCAAAAAUCUAUCCAACCUUGUCUUAAAUGUUUAUUGAGGUGGGCCUCCUCUGCUUCAUUGGGCAGAGAAUUUCACAGAUUCAGCAUGGUCUGGGAAAAGCCGUUCCCCCUCAUUUCCAUCCUAAAUCUAAUCCCUGAAUUUUGAGGCUAUGACCCCUAAUUCUAGUUUCACCUAUCAGCAGAAGCAACCUUCCUGCCUUUAUCUUAUCCAGCUCUUUCAUAAUUUUGUUUCUAUAAGAUCUUCUGCAAUGCUAACAUCCCAUGAUGUUAGCACAAUGCUUUUACAGCAUGGGACAUUUUGAAAUUGAAUUUUGGUGCCAUUCUGUAAGGAAUCUCUCUACGUCCUCCUUGCAGAAUGUGUGUUUUCCUGGGCAUCUUGGUGACCUUCCACAGUCCAAAGAUGUACUGGGUAGGUUAAUUAGUCAUUGUAAAUUAGUUUGGAGUUAAUUUUGGUUGUGGGGGUGCUAUGGUCUGAAGGGUCAACACUGCUCAAUUGUGCCUUUGAAAUUUUUUUUGUCAUUUAACUUCUAAUUAGUUGAGUUAGCAGUGGAAUAAAUAUGAUGCUCAAGAAAAUGCUUAAUUAGCCCCUUCAAGAGAUGAAAAUUACAGUUAUUUAGUCUCCUAUUACAGGGUUAAUGAGCAAAUUGCUGUUGAAUGGGCAUGAUAAACCAUAUAGGUGUGAAUACAAUGACAAACAAAUGCCCACAACCAUCACCAGACCACUCAAUAAAGAAAACUUUCACAAUAUUAAAGCAAUAAUAUUUCAUUGUUGGACAAAUGCACAGUCUAGUAUUUGGUACCACUCACUGACCUUCACCUUCAUCCCAGCUAUGGCAUUACAACACUUCCUUUAAAAUAUUAAAUAAAACAAGUGGGAGUCAUUGACCUUCCUGCUCCCUAAUGUUAACUUAAAUUAGUUCAAUGUCUACGAUAGUAAAGAAAGUAGCAUAUUUGCAAACUACAUUCACACUAAACUUAGUUGUGUUAAAUCUACCAGAUGCAAGCAAUUGAAAAGAUGAUUUAAAUAGAAUAAUGCAUCAUCUAUAUUCCAGUGUUUUGUAUUUUAAAGCUAUUACAAAUAUUAAUAAAGCUGACUAUUAAAUGUGAAA